AUGGCGCACCAGAAGCUGCUCUCAGUGGAGGAAAUCUCCAAGCACAAUACGCCAGACGACUGCUGGAUUGUGGUCGAUGGCAAGGUGUAUGAUAUGACUGAAUUCGCUCCAGACCACCCUGGUGCCCCAGAAAUAAUAUGGCGACACGCUGGCCGUGACGCGACAACAACGUAUCAUUCUGUACACCCUCCCUCGCUCCUCACGAAAGAGCUCGAUGCAUCCAAGAUCAAAGGCGACGUCGACCGGAAAACGAUCACUGAAGACUUCCAAAAACCUCCUCCCACCGAGACUCCCGAGCUUCGCUUGAAUGAGAAGCCACCACUCAGCGCCGUUAUCAAUGCACAAGACUUUGAAGAUGUCGCUGAACGGACAGCAAGUAAAAAGACGUGGGGCUUCUACAGCUCUGCGGAUACAGGCUGCUAUACCAGAGAUCGCAACAAGGAUUACUUCAGUCGAAUAUGGUUCCGGCCAAGACUGUUACGAGACGUCAAGAACGUCAACACAGCAACAACGAUUCUGGGACAUAAGGCAGGAUUGCCGAUCUUCGUGGCUCCUGCAGCGAUGGUGAAGAUGAUACAUCCGGACGGCGAGAAGGUGAUUGCGAGAGGUUGUGUUCGGGAACGCGUGCCCCAGGGCAUCAGCACGAAUGCCAGCUUUCCGAUUGAAGAGAUCGUACCCAGUAUAGAUCCCGGCUCUAAUGCAUUCUUCUUCCAGCUUUAUGUCAACAAGGAUCGGGCAAAGAGCGAGAGUCUUCUGAAGCACGUACGGAGUCUUGGUAUAGAUGUGGUUAUGGUAACAGUAGACGCGCCGAUGCCUGGGAAGCGAGAAGCAGAUGAGCGCGUCAAGAUGGACGAAAGCCUCAGCACGCCUAUGAGCGGAAUGAAAGGCAGCAAUGAUAAACGAGGCGGCGGAAUCGGUCGUCUGAUGGGAGCCUACAUCGCGCCUGAUUUCACCUGGGAUGAAUUUACGUGGCUGAGGAAGGUCUGGGAUGGGAAAAUCGUGGUUAAGGGCAUCCAGGCAUGGCAAGACGCGAAAAUGUGUGCUGAUGCAGGCUUGGAUGGAGUUCUGUUGUCGAAUCAUGGAGGUCGGAAUCUCGAUACUUCACCACCGAGCAUCAUGACACUACUCGAAUGCCAAGCGAACUGCCCGGAAAUCUUCUCGAAGCUGGAGGUCUUGGUCGACAGCGGCAUUCGAAGGGGAAGUGAUGUUCUCAAAUGUCUCUGUCUAGGUGCGACAGCUGUCGGUCUCGGUCGGCCGUUCUUAUUCGCUUCGAAUUACGGACAAGAAGGUAUUGAGCAUCUCGUUGAUAUUAUCAAGACCGAGCUCGCUACGGCUAUGGCUUUGAUUGGUAUUACGGAUGUGAAGCAUUGUCAUCCAGGAUUGGUGAGCACUUUAGAUUUGGAUUAUCUUGUGUCUAGAGGUGAGGGCCAUCCUUACGCGACAGGCCUGCGACUUGAGAGCUUCAGAGCUUUGGAUGUCAGGUCUAAGCUAUGA